AAAAAACCGCCGGAGGCGCUUUAGGCGUCCUAUACAGUGCCUGCUGCUAUUUUUGAGAGGAGAAGGGUCCUAGCUUGGUAGCUGCCCUUGUUGUGUGCCUAAGUGAUUCUUUCCAUUGUUUUCCGGUUCCGGUGAGUUAGUGUGUGUCUGAUAGACAGAGAGUCCGCGUUUGGCUCCGUGUGGGAGACUCCCGGGUGGACGUGACCCACCAUGGCGGACGGUGAUACGGAGCGGGCCGAUGGCCGUAUUGUGAAAAUGGAAGUGGAUUACAGCGCCACGGUGGACCAGCGCUUGCCCGAGUGCGAGCAGAUGGCCCGGGAUGGAAGGCUUCAAGAAGCAAUUGAGACUUUGCUUUCCUUGGAAAAACAGACUCGAACUGCUUCUGAUAUGGUAUCCACAUCUCGUAUUUUGGUUGCUGUAGUGAAAAUGUGUUAUGAUGCUAAAGACUGGGAUGCUCUUAAUGAAAAUAUUAUUAUUCUGUCGAAGAGGAGAAGUCAAUUAAAACAGGCUGUUGCUAAAAUGGUCCAGCAGUGCUGUACUUACGUUGAAGAGAUCACCGACCUACCAAUCAAACUGCGAUUAAUUGACACAUUACGUAUGGUUACGGAAGGAAAGAUUUAUGUGGAAAUAGAAAGGGCUCGACUGACCAAUACUCUUGCAACAAUAAAAGAACAGAAUGGUGAAGUGAAAGAAGCUGCUUCAAUUCUGCAAGAACUUCAGGUAGAAACGUAUGGAUCAAUGGAAAAGAAGGAGCGUGUGGAAUUCAUCUUGGAACAAAUGAGGCUUUGUCUGGCUGUGAAAGACUAUAUCCGAACCCAAAUUAUUAGCAAAAAAAUUAACACCAAAUUUUUCCAGGAAGAAAACACAGAAAAAUUAAAACUGAAAUACUACAAUUUAAUGAUUCAGCUGGAUCAACAUGAAGGUUCCUACCUUUCCAUCUGUAAGCACUACAGAGCCAUUUAUGAUACACCUUGCAUCCAAGCUGAAGGUGAAAAAUGGCAACAGGCACUGAAGAGUGUUGUUCUUUAUGUUAUCCUAUCACCUUAUGACAGUGAACAGUCUGACCUGGUACAUAGAAUAAGCAGUGAUAAAAAACUAGAAGACAUUCCUAAGUAUAAAGAUCUUUUAAAACUAUUUACCACUAUGGAAUUGAUGCGUUGGACUGCCCUGGUUGAGGAAUAUGGAAAAGAAUUGAGGGAAGGUUCUCUAGAAAGCCCUGCAACAGAUGUAUUUGGUUAUACAGAGGAAGGUGAAAAGAGAUGGAAAGAUUUAAAAAACAGAGUUGUGGAACAUAAUAUUAGAAUAAUGGCAAAGUAUUAUACCAGAAUUACCAUGAAGAGAAUGGCACAACUUCUGGAUUUAUCAGUUGAUGAAUCUGAAGAGUUUUUGUCCAACUUAGUGGUGAAUAAGACCAUCUUUGCAAAAGUCGAUAGGCUGGCAGGAAUUAUCAACUUUCAGAGGCCCAAGGACCCAAAUAACUUACUCAAUGACUGGUCUCACAAGCUGAAUUCGCUGAUGGCUCUAGUUAAUAAAACUACACAUCUCAUUGCCAAAGAGGAGAUGAUACAUAACCUGCAGUAAGGUGCCUUGGUCGCCUUAAUGCUUUAGGGAGGCAUUGCGUUGGUCAUAGAGACUUUAUCCCACUGUAUAUUUGUUUUUUCAUUUCUCCCUUCCCGGUGAAGUUUAGAACAUAAUCACUCUUGAAGAAUUGUUGACAAUUAAGCUCCUUUGAUUAUUCAUUUGGUUUAUAACAUUUUUUGCUGCAAUUGAUGAAAAAACACAAUAAAAUUGUAUUGUUGGUGUAAUGGAAA